UCGCUGAAUUCGAAUUAUAUGAAUCAAGUGAUUACUUAAUCCAUAUCCUUAAAACUCUUCACUGUCACUAAUAUCGAGAUGAGUGAUGCAGCUCAGAAACCUCAAAAAACGCAGGCACCAGCAAAAGCACCAGGUGAUGGUAUUCGCUCGAUGCGUUCCACCAAUGUUUUUCGGGCAAUCAAUUUUGAGUUGUACGCUAAACCGAAUGCUGUGAUAAUGGGUUUAGGCCUUGUGGCAAUAGGAAUCACUUUCGGUUACAUUGCAUACAUGCGCUCAAAAUACGACGGACUUGGAUACUAUUCCGCUAUCCAAGAGGACGGAAAGGAGGUGUUUGUAAAGAGGAAGUCCAAAUGGGAGUAGACAUACAUGUAUGCUACAGGUUUGUAAAUAGCUAUUUUUUCAUGUUAAUAAAAUUAAUGGAAUAGGUCAAAUUUUAUUCAU